AUGCCUCUCAACUCUCACGCUGUUUAUUCCAGACUAAACCCGGACUUUGUUCCAUUCGCCAGUAGAAGAAGUACUGUCCACAGUACCAAAGGCAUUGUAACAUGUACUCAGCCACUGGCAGCCGCUGCGGGCCAUAGAAUCUUGAAGGAAGGAGGAAAUGCUGCGGUAUCCGCCGCAUUGAAUGUCACCGAGCCUUCAUCGACCGGGAUUGGUGGUGACAUGUUCUGUCUCUUCUACGAUGCAAAAUCAAAGAAGGUCCACUCACUCAACGGUUCUGGUCGAUAUCCCGCCAACGCGACGCUUGAGAAGAUUAGGAAGGAUCUGAACCUCGGUGCCAAUGAGAAGGGGAGCAUUCCAAUGACCAGUGUCCUAUCGGUAACUACCCCCGGCGCAGCUGCUGGAUGGGUAGACACAGUGGAGAGAUUCGGCAGUGGCAAGCUGUCUUUGGAACAGAUUCUUACGCCAGCAAUUGAACUGGGAGAGCAAGGGUUCGCGGUGUCAGAAUUAUCUUCCUACUUUCUUUUCAAGUGGCGUGAAAGUGAAGACCUGCUACGGAAUGCAUCUCCAAAUUUCCGGGAGAUGCUCAAGCUUGAUCCGAAAGCCAGAGACGGUGUUAGAAGCCCACGUCCUGGUGAAAUCAUGAAGAAUCCGACAUUGGCGAAGACCUUCCGAAGACUUGCUGCAGAGGGUAAGAAGGGGUUUUAUGAAGGGGAAGUUGCACAGGAGCUAGUCAAGGUCAUCCAGGACCUGGGUGGCUACAUGACCCUGGACGAUCUCAAGUAUCAUGCUGAGACCGGAACACAGAACACUGAAGCUAUCUCACUCAAAUUCACUGGCCAAGAUAUUGUUAAAAAACAGACCGCUGGAACAGACGGUGAAGAAAACCAAGGCGUGGAAAUAUGGGAGCAUCCGCCCAACGGCCAGGGCAUUGUUGCUCUCAUGGCCCUGGGGAUUCUUGAGGAACUCGAGCGGACAGGAAAGAUUCCUGUCUUUACUGAGGAUCAGCACAACUCGACAGAGUACCUUCACGCUGUUAUCGAAAGUCUUCGGAUUGCUUUCGCCGAUGCCUCAUGGUGGGUCACGGAUCCAGAUGUGGAAAAGGUACCGUCGAAAGAGCUGAUCUCCAGGGAGUAUCUGGCCGAACGGGCGAAGCUGUUCAACCCGGAGAAAGCGGCAGACAUCAUCGAUCAUGGUAGUCCAGCUCACAAUCACUGCGAUACAGUCUACUUCGCUGUGACUGAUGAGGAGGGCAACGGUAUUUCCUUUAUUAACAGUAACUAUGCUGGAUUCGGUAGUGGGAUCAUUCCGAAAGGGUGUGGCUUUACGCUCCAGAACCGCGGUGCCAAUUUCUCUCUGGACCCAGGUCAUCCUAAUGCGUUGGCUUCACGAAAGCGGCCGUACCACACCAUCAUUCCUGCGCUGAUUACCAACUGCUCCGAUGGCUCUCUUCACUCUGUUUACGGAGUCAUGGGUGGUUUCAUGCAGCCGCAGGGCCAUGUCCAGGUUCUUCUCAACAUGCUUGCGUUCAACUAUCAUCCUCAAGCAGCGCUGGAUGCUCCACGAAUCUGUAUCGCGGCUGACUCUGAGCCUGGCAAUCAGACAGUCUAUAUCGAGGAGGGAAUCAGUGAUGAUGUCAUUGAGGGCCUCAAGCGGCUUGGACAUCAAGUUAAGGUUCUGUCCGGGUGGCAGAGGGGAAUGUUUGGUCGAGGGCAGAUCAUUCGUUGUCAUUACGACGAUGACCAAUUGGUCUACAGUGCUGGAAGUGACCCCAGAGGCGAUGGAAUGGCGAUUCCUGCAGUAUAA